CAGCUCCAUGUCCGUCAUUGACGAACCCCUUACAUGGAAGUCACAAUAUUACGGUAGACGGAGCAAUCACUAAGGCGAAAUUCACGUGCGACACCGGGUACUCGCUUAGCGGAAAUGACACCCGUGUGUGCCAGGUGAACGGAUUGUGGACAGGGGCAACUCCAUCAUGUACGUGCACGACCCCUCCUGAUCCGGCCAACGGCAGCGUCACUGUUUCCAAUGACGGACUGACGGCAAACUACAUCUGUGACACGGGCUACAUCAUAUUCGGUUCCAAAACCCAGACGUGCAACGCUGCCAAAAACACAUGGGGCGGAUCAGCUCCGAUUUGUAAUAAGUGCGAUACUUUAACAACGCCAUCCAACGGCAAUGUUUCGUUAACAAGUGACGGCAACACAACAUACGCACAGUUCGUUUGCGCCGAUCAAUAUUUUAUUCAAGGGAGUGCAACGUCCUCCUGCUUGAGUUCGGGAAAGUGGAGCAACGAGGUCCCAGUUUGCUAUUGCAGCGACCCCGUUGUUCCAUCCCACGGUGCGUUUGUAGUGAACAAAGACCGCUUAUUGGUGGAAUACACGUGCAUCACAAACUACUCUCUGAAAGGGGCCCGCACGCGCUACUGCAUGGACCAGGGAAGGGGCUGGUCGGACUCGGACCCUGAAUGUGUACAAUGUUCAACUAUUUCACCUCCAAGCGACGGCAAGUUGUCGUCUGCAGUUUCAAACGGCACCUUCACCAUAGCAACUUUCCAGUGCAACAAGGGCACCACUAUGAAAGGUGGUGACAUGGCAGUGUGUCUGGAUACAGGAAACUGGUCGCCGCCGACGCCAACUUGUGUUAAGUGUGCCGAUCCGCCAAACCUCGGUACUGGAAGCUACGCAUAUAUCUCCGACGGCAAAAUCACAUCUCUGACGGUAAUGUGUGAGGUCGGAUCCACCGUCAGCGGCAGCGUUAACGGGAGGUGUGACACAAACGGGACCUGGAUAUUCGCGACGUCUAUGUCGGCAUCUUGUGCUUCCUGCGGCGCACCACCAGAUCCUGUCGGGGGAAGUUUCAAGCUGAUGACUAACGGAACAUCGACGCGUGGAGAGCUAAUGUGCAACACCGGUUACGUCAUCCAAGGAGGGUCGGCCUCCGUGCUGGAUUGUCUGAGUAACGGCUCGUGGAGUCAGUCAUCGUCGUCGUCGGCAGAAUGCGUGCCUUUAAAAUCCGUGGCGGAGGCGUCCGGCUCUGACCGGCUACUUCCAGCGUUGAUCGCCCUGGCGGUGCUGUGUGGUGUACUGGUGGUGGCCGUGGGGGCACUCGUCAUAAAGGUCGUUAAGUGGAGAACAGAUAAAGGCGUAACAAAGAACGGCCACGCCCAGGUGAACGGGUUUCCUGUUUCGCACGCGCCAUUUGACCACUCACAACACGUGAUGGACAACAGAGUGGUACCGCCCCUCUUCAAAACCAAGACUGAUCUUGACAGUUUCAGAAGUAAGCCCGAUUCGACAACAACGCAAACAACAUCCAGGAUGACGACAGCAGUGAGUUCCGGGAACUUGUUGCUACAUCUGAUCAAGGAGACGACGAGCAGCUCCAUCUACCACGAUCAGCCGUCUCCCUGGAACGUGGUCAGCUUCCGGGGCAAAGAGGGCACCCCUAGUAAUGACCAUAGCAACCAUCUCGGGCAGGAGCACGAUGUUGACAAGAAAAGCAAGAAACAUAAAAAGCGAUCAAAAAGGAAGCUUCUCCAAGGAACCACAAGCAACGAUCUAGGUCGGACGACCCCGAUAACUAGUCGGACUAGUCCGUCAGUAGAGAGGACACCUCGGACCGUGCCGGUACAGUCGCGGGAGCAUUCGUCUCUAGGGAGGCCUGGACAAUCUACUACACCGGUACUGCAACACCACAUCGGUAGCUCGGCACAACACGAGCUGAAUACCACCCCCAGGUCUGGCCUUAUACCCACCGUCCAUUAGUAGACUGUAAAAGGGGAUUAUGUGUGUGGAUAGAGCGGACUCUUAACAUCAUACCAAGUAAAAGCUAGAAUAUCGCAUGCGUUACAUAGCAGAUAUUUGCAAAGUUUUUAGAAAUGACUCAUAUUUGUUUAAUUAAUCAACUGACUGACAUGUGUGAACAUUAUAUAAGACAUGAUACCACUUUGAAAAGAGAAGCAUGCAUAGAAGCUCCUUAUAUUUGUAUUUCAUUCAAACGCCUACUCAGAUACCAGCAACUCAUAUGACUGACGAAGACUUAGCGAUGCUAAGCUCGUUCAAAUCGUGCACAGCCAAGAAUAAUGUGAACUCGCGUUCUUUACAAAGAACAGGUACACUCUAGCAUAUUAAAUUAUGCAAUAUAAUCCAAAAAUACGUGUAAAGUAGACUGAUUAUGACCAGAUCGAUCUGCAUAUUAAUAACAUAAUUAGGGUUUGUCUUCUAGAACACUGCAGUUGUGAUAUGUUAUGAACUCCCUUCCAAACACAAUUUGAACUCUAUGCUGUAUCGACUUUCUUUUAUUUUAACCCUCUACAUGUUUUGUUAAAUAAAGUUGUGUUUAUUGUUAAUAACACUAUUAUGUAUUAGUUAUCAAUAGACAACGUAUGAUUGUAAUUUAACAUUUCGCUUGAUUACCCGCGCGAGCGUGUGUGUGUGUGUGGGUGUGUCGGGAUAAAUCUGCCGAAGCUACGUUAAGCAGCACUUAUUUCAUUACGGUUAACUACAAUUACGACUGCCAUCUCAAGAAAAUCCUUCCAGACAUGGAACACUUUUGUUUUGUUUAAGUAUUAUAUUAUGAAAAGUAGUAUCAUUGUCAUCUAUAUUUUGAAAAUCGUGUAUUCGUUAAGGCUAUAAUAAUAAUGUAUUACAUAAAAAAGUAAAAUCAACAACGGGAAAAUUAUUGUUCACGUGGCUCGGCUUUCAUCACGAGGUUGGUUAAAGCUAAGUUCAGAACCAGUCAAAUCUCAGCGCGGCGGUUGCAUUAAACCUCGACAGAAAUCUGAUUUUCACAGUGGCCAAUUGCA